AUGAGAUCUCAACUUCAUCAUCUCUCAACUCGAUCAAUCUCAAACCACAUCUUCAUAACAUUCUUCAUCAUCUUCAAUUCGCUUUCCCAAUUCAAUGCCAUCAAAAUCCAAGCUGAUCAUAUUCAUCUAGGUCCUGAUUCUCAACUUCGAGCUAAUCAUAUUCGUAAUUUAUUUCAAAAAGGUUGGAGUACUUAUCGAGCACAUGCUUGGGGUCAUGAUGAAACUUCAAUCCUUUUUCAUCAAACAGUUGGUGCUUUAUCACUCAAACCAAGUGAUACUAGAAAUGGUUGGGGCGCGACUCUGGUGGAUUCACUUUCUACUCUUCAAGUAAUGCAAUUAAACAAGCUAUUCGACAUCUUCAUACCAUUGAUUUCACCAAAACGAAAUCCUCUGUAUCUGUUUUCGAAUCAACAGUUCAGUAUUAUCUCAACUCCGAACCAAGAAAUAAUUCCUUACAUUCAAACUUACACCAAACUUUUUGAAUAUAAUCAGAUUCGAUAUAUCGGAGGUUUAUUAUCUGCUUACGAAGGUUCGGCUAGGACAGAUCAAAUUCUGGUCACUAAAGCUACUCAACUUGCAGAUCAAUUAAUGUAUGCAUGGCAAAAUAUGUCAAUCUUACCAUUUCCUCAAAUGAAUUUCACAAAUCAAAAACCUUUACUAGAAUCAAAUGGAAACAUAACAAAUUUAGCAGAAUCAGGAUCAUUAAUUAUAGAGUUUUAUAAACUUUCAAAGUAUACAACUAAUUCCACUUACCUUGAUCUUGUUGAAACUUCCAUGAAAUCCAUCAUCAACAAUCAACAAAUCUGGCCUGGUUUACAUUCGGUUGAUUUGGAUCCAAUGAAUGCUCGUCCAAUUUCUGUCACAUGGGGACCAGCAGCAGAUUCAUUUUACGAGUACCUCAACAAAUACAGCUUACUUACCGGAAACCGAGACUCCUCGUACCUAACUCAUUGGGCACUGGCAGUCGAUUCGACUCUCAAGCACUUGAUCCGUACUUCUGCAGCUACAACUCGUCCAUCCACGUCUUUCUACAACUUACCUUUCUUUUCAUCUUCAUCAAGUAUCAAGACUAAAGAGAGAACCUUUCUUGCUUCUCGUAAAGCUCAUGGAAGAGUCGUAUAUGGAAUGACUCAUCUUGAUUGCUUUGUUGGUGGGAAUUUCAUGUUGGGUGGAAAGAUGCUUAAGAAUCAAACUAUUGUAGAUUAUGGACUCAAAUUAACUGAAACUUGCGCAGACUCAUAUUUUUCUACUCGUUCAGGUGUGGGUCCUGAAAUCUUUGACUUUAUUGAUAAAGACACCAGAAGAUCAAGUACACCAGAUGGAAUUGAAUUAAAUUUUUAUGAUGAAUUUGGUUAUAUCCCUAGUGGAGGAUAUUACUUACGACCUGAAGUGAUUGAAUCAGUUUUCUACGCUUUUCGAAUCACAGGAGAUCCAAAGUGGCAAGAGAUGGGAUGGAAGAUGUGGCAAUCGAUCGAAAGAUGUUGUUUGGUUUCCCAUCAAACCGGUUUAUUUGCACCUUUCAAUCAAGUCAAUCGGAUGCCUACACGAAACUUUACUCGGUCAUUGGGUUUACAACCUGAUGGAUGGGAUGGAUGGGAAGAUGGACCGUUGAGAGAAAGUCCAGAGUAUGGUGAUUUUAUGGAAAGUUUUUGGUGGGCUGAGACUAUGAAGUAA